UUGACCAAGCUUUGGGGUCAGCUACCGUCGUCGUCAUGUCCCAACGGCUUCGGAAAAACGGUUCUCCGACGUCGAGCUGCGCUGUAAGCGGGGGAUCCGCGGCUGGAGCAUCGGGAAUAAGCGCUGGGGUCAGUUUACUUACUCGCCUGCUGCCCAUGAAAGCCACCGUCCCGUUCCAGCUCAAGCCUCAGCCGCAGCAGCAGUUACAGCCCCAGCAGCUCCCCCUGGCGGCGAGGACGGUGCUGUCGUCGGCGGCGGCUGCUGCAGGAAGCGGCGCCGGCUUGAAGUGCCUCGGCGGCGGCUGUGACUCUGCUGGAUCCCGCUCAACUGCUAACCGAAGCCGGAGCCCCACAAGGGGCGCAGCCUCGGCAGCUUUGAGCCCGUCCUCCUCCUCUUCCUCUUGUUCAUCAACCCUCAGAAGUAGCCCCACUCUCGCUCCCUACGUGGCUGCAUCCAGUUCCCAGGUUAGAUCUUCCCAGUCCCAGUCUGCGUGUGCACAGGUUAGCCUAGCUUCACCGCUGGCCAGCGUCAUCAGCCCUCCUCUCGGAUCCUCUUGCCCUUUGGCCAGCGGUUCCCACUCUUCCUCUCAGCAGCAAUCCAGCUGCUUCACGGACACUGCAGUGCUGACUCCGCACCCACCGGCCUCUUCAUCAUCAUCUUGUUCUUCAUCUUGCUCCUCUUCGUCUUGUGGUCACAGGAGUAAAGCCCAAGCGUCCCCACAUCACUGCGGCCCGGAUAAUGACAGACUGUCCCCAGAGAGAAUAAGCCCCAGCUCGCCUGUCUGCAAAGAGAGGCCCAGGCUUCCGCUGGCUGGCCCAGUGUGCAGCAGCAGUAGCACUAGUAGCAGUGGAAGUAUCCGCCGUACCUCCUCACUGGACGCCCUGACCGGUCCCUACCUUUUGGGUCAAUGGCCCCGGGAUGCCACCCAUGCCCCCUGUGUGCCUUACAUGAGAGACAAAGCCACCCAGACCCCCAGUGCGUGGCUGGAUGAAAGCGACGAGAAGAGGCGGAGCUGUCACCAGCGCUCAGCGUCCUGGGGCAGCACUGACCAGCUUAAAGAGAUCGCUAAGUUGAGACAACAGCUCCAGCGUAGUAAGCACAUCAGUCGGCACCAUCGUGAUAAGGACCGCAAAUCUCCCUUCAACGGCAAUCACGUCUCUAUCAACCAAUCACAGGCUCCGAUUCCAAAGAGCGUCCUGAUCCCCAUCCCCAUCUCAAAAUCCUCCGUCUCACGCUUCCGCAACAGUGUCGAGGGUCUAAACCAGGAGAUCGAGCGCAUCAUCAUCAGAGACUCAGGAGAGAAAGAAGAACAUCUCAUUCCUCAGGAUGCCCCUGAUGGGCACCGAGCACCUCCUCCGCUGUGCCAGCGCAGUGCCAGCUCCCGCAGCAUUGACACACAGACACCCUCAGGCAUCAUGGCUGGCAGUAGCCAUAGCAACAGCAGCAGCCGAUCCCAGUCAGUCUCACCAGCCUUCCUGAGCGUUCCCAGUGAGCCUUGCAGCGAGAGCCCCUCGCCCAACGAGGAACCUCUCAGUGACAGCCGGGAUAAAGAUUUGGCUCCUGGCUCCCCUCUGCCAAAGUAUGCCUCCUCACCCAAACCCAACAACAGUUACAUGUUCAAACGUGAGCCACCUGAGGGCUGUGAGAGAGUCAAGGUCUUCACUGAGGAAACACAGGCCAGGCCUUUGCGAGACAUCCCACAGUUCCUCUGCCCAGACAGGAACAAGGUCAACUUUGUCCCCAAGAGCGGCUCAGCCUUCUGCCUGGUCAGCAUCCUCAAGCCCCUUCUGCCCACUCCAGAGCUCAGUUUGAAGAAUCAGAGCACUCUUGGGACCAUCCCCACCGAGCCUGAACAGAGAGUGUCGCGGGGUACCAGCACCCUGUCUCAGCAACCUUCCUCCUCCUCCUGCCUCUCACCACACCUAGAGGACCCAGAGAGCUAGAUAUGCAAAUACAAACAAGCCUCCCAGCAACCAUGUCCAUGGCACGCAAACGAAGCACAGCACACAUUACAAAUCAAGCCAGAAAGAAAAUCAGUAAGUAGGUAGACAAAAAAAAAAAAAGAAGAAAUUAGGGCUUUAUUUUGGUGAUGUCAGCUUAUAUUUGAUGCGAUACCGAAAUUGUUCUUUGCUAUGCAGCUUUUUAGGUUUGUACUUGUAAUACUUCCAGACCAGGAGGCCAUCUUUUCUGAGGGUUUUGUGAUAAGAGAAGCAUAGAUAUAUUUUUUAUUGUUCCUUCUACCUUUGAUAGAUAUACAUGAUUGACAGUGGAGAUGUGUGGAUGAAUCUUGAAUUCUGUAGUUGAGCAUGGACUCGUAGUUCCAUCCAUACACAAACACAUACACAGAGAGAGCUUCUGCUCAUGCUUAGCAUUCUUCCUUAUUGGCUCCAAGCAUAGAGCUUGAGAGACUAUGAGAGACUUUAUAGUUUUCUAAUAGUUUGCAGUGUAUCUCUUUUGGAGAACUGGAUUUUUUUUUCUUAGAAUUGGAGCAAUGCAUCAUUGGAUAUAAAUGGUGUCUCCUGAAUAUUUAGGAUUAUCUGACAAGACCGAGAGACCUGGUACGUAGACGCUGGGUUGAUGAAGGCCUCUGUCGUAAUGACCGUUUUCCUGGACUGCUCCCCUCUCUGUUUGUGCCUGUGGCCUAGUCUGGAGGAGGAGAGCAGGAGAGAGACUGAUUUUUCAGACUGGCUGACCUCCACUGGCCUACACACCCCCCUCUCUCUCCAUGACCAGUGAGAGGAAUGGAAAGUGAGGAGAAAGGAAAAAAGCGCGAGAGAGAGAGAGAGAGGACGAGUACUCUACAAACGAGAUGCCUUUGUUUGCUUGGCCGUAAAAUGCGUUUGAAAUGCGUUUGGUUCCAAAUGCUGAACUUCAAACACAUCAGGGAACAAAGAGUGUGUGAGAGAGAAAGAGAGAGAGAUGUGAAUGAAGAGAUGCUGACAGCCAGAAUGAAUUGAGUGCGUGUGCAUGUUUUCUCUCAUUUCUCACUGACUGAUAAGGCUUAGACUGUUGAAUGGAGGGCACUGUGACACUGAGAGAGAAAAGGUUGAAUUCUGAAAGUGAAUGAUUCAUGAAACAUGAGUUCUCAAUUUAAAACUGUACUUUAGUUAACAGUACUGAUAAUAUGAAGCUUAGUCAUGGACCAUAUUGGAUUUUCACUGAAAAUCACCAUUAACACGGCCAUUUGUUUAAAGACGGAGCUUAAUCUGUGGUUAAACUAGCAUUUAUAUUUGAAAUAAAUCUUGAGACUUGAGUACAUCAUCAUCAUUCAUUAUGUUUAGAAAGCUAACAGUAGUACAGUCCUCUGUUACAAUGCAUGCAUUCUAGGAAAUUUCAGUGUUUUUUGUUUUACUUUGUCUCUAAUAAAAUGAUGAAAAACAAAAACACGGUGGGGCAAAGAGACAUAAUCAUUCAGCGUAACUGGAUUCUUUUCAUUCCAAAUCUCUUUUCCUCAGUGUCACAGAGCUGACAGUAAUAAUAAACACUUCUUGCCAAGUGGUUGAAGUCUUUCAUUAAUGUUCUGUUAUAUGCUGUAGUUUAUUUUUGUAUUGUAUGUGGUGUUGUUUUUGUUUUUCCUUUUGUUACUGUUGUAAUAUUUGACUAUUGGCUCAAAGGCAAUUAGGAGAGGCCAUCGUGUUGUGAUCACUCUACAGACCUGUCCAAAGAAAAUGGCUGCUAUUGUGCACACUUACAGUCAGUGGUGCUUUGAAGCCAGGAGGAGAGAGUGAGAUAGAAAAGACAUAACAAAACGAUCAGGAGAUGUAAUGCAAAACAGAAACUAGUUGGCUGUUCGUCAGUUUUCCUAAGUGCGGGAUCAAUACAAAAACAGUCUUCAGGCUCAAACCUGUGUUAAGAAGUGACAUGAAGACCAAAGCCGUGGAGUGCCUGCUUAAUUGUGCUUCCAUCACAUUAGUGGCUUGGUUUGCUGAGCGGGGUGUGCGUUUAGGCUCGAGAGUUUCAGCCUGAGCUCCUUCCUCACAGUUGUAGUUUAUUUGGAAGCGUUCUGCUGGUCUUGUUUUCGCUCAUUGUUUGUUUUUAAGGUAUUACUUUGUGCUUUAAGAAAACAUAAAUCAUGAACUUGAAAAAAAAAAUUGUCGCACUUUUUUGCCAGUGUUGCAGAUCAGUUAGGCCCUGGAGGGCUUUCAGCUUUUAACAGCAACCAUCCCUAACUGACACAAGCUCUUAAACAUCUGAAAUCUACAUUCUCACACAGCUAACGAUUACCGCUGUAGGUCUAUACUCAGGAAUAGAAAACUUAAGUUCUCCCCACCAUAUGGAUCUUAACAUUUCUCUUUUUAAAACUGAUAGGCUUUGUGCUUUCAAGUGCAUUUUGUAUCUCCUUAGUAUAUGUACCUAUAUUUAAGUAGAAAGUACUUUCAGUGUAGGGCCAAUUUUAAUACAUUUUGAUAAGGAUGGUGGUCUUCAUUUUCUCUUUCUAAUUAGUAUGCUGCUUAGUUUGUAUGAAAGAGACAGCUCAGUCUGACAAGCAGCUUCUCAUGCUGUCAUCUAAAGUUGGGCCACAUUGACAUACUCAUCAGUGAACACUUGGAGAUACUGGAUGCAAUAAUGUGUUUAAUGAAGCCAGCUUUAAAGCGCAGUUUAGACAUGUCUUUCAGAGUCACCCAUACAUUGCACAUUUAGAUCUGCUCGAACACAGUUGUAAAACACUGUCGUAGGCCUUUGAUCUUUUACUCUUUAUAAGAUAUGUCUUCUCUGUCUUUUUUUCAUACAGUUCAUAUACUCUCCAGUGUUCCUAUGACUGUAUGUAACUGAAAAAAUAAAGUCACAGUUGCAACAAGCAA